AUGACCGAGACCACCAAGACCCACGUUAUCUUGCUGGCCUGCGGCAGCUUCAACCCCAUCACCAAAGGGCACAUUCAGAUGUUUGAAAGAGCCAGAGAUUAUCUGCACAAAACCGGGAGGUUUAUCGUGAUCGGCGGGAUUGUCUCUCCGGUCCACGACUCCUACGGAAAACAGGGCCUUGUAUCGAGCCGGCAUCGUCUCAUCAUGUGUCAGCUGGCCGUCCAGAACUCCGACUGGAUCAGGGUGGACCCGUGGGAGUGCUAUCAGGACACCUGGCAGACGACCUGCAGCGUGCUGGAACACCAUCGUGACCUCAUGAAGCGGGUGACUGGCUGCAUCCUCUCCAACGUCAACACCCCCUCCAUGACGCCCGUGAUUGGACAGCCCCAGAACGAGAACACCCAGCCGAUUUACCAGAACAGCAACGUGCCGGCCAAGCCCACUGCAGCCAAGAUCUUGGGGAAGGUGGGGGAAAGCCUAAGCCGGAUCUGCUGUGUCCGCCCGCCCGUGGAGCGCUUCACCUUUGUGGAUGAGAACGCCAACCUGGGCACGGUGAUGCGGUACGAGGAGAUUGAGCUGCGGAUCUUGCUGCUGUGUGGCAGUGACCUGCUUGAGUCCUUCUGCAUCCCAGGACUCUGGAACGAGGCAGAUAUGGAGGUGAUUGUUGGGGACUUUGGGAUCGUAGUGGUGCCCCGGGAUGCAGCUGACACAGACCGAAUCAUGAAUCACUCCUCAAUACUCCGCAAAUACAAAAACAACAUCAUGGUGGUGAAGGAUGACAUCAACCAUCCCAUGUCUGUUGUCAGCUCAACCAAGAGCAGGCUGGCCCUGCAGCAUGGGGACGGCCACGUGGUGGACUACCUGUCUCAGCCCGUCAUCGACUACAUCCUCAAGAGCCAGCUGUACAUCAACGCCUCGGGCUAG